AUGGGUUGGCUAUCGGACUUUGUCGGCUACUCGUCCAUCGUCACGUCGGUGCUUGUGAUCACAUGCACCAUAGGCUACAUUCCCUAUUUGCUGCAUCGAAUGGAUGCGAUUUGCGACUCGCUAAAGGUGCACAACGACGAAUUUCUCGUGUUGGAAAUGGAGGCGCGCGGACGGAUCCACGAGUUGAGGAACGAGUUCCCGAGGGUUCGGAGGGCGGCGGCGGCGGCGAAGAGACAGGCCGGCGAGUGUCGUGAGUUUUUCGAAAAUGCCGAUAAUCGAUAAAAGAUGAAGUUAGAAGACGUUCGAGAAAAACAAGUAAUGAAAAAAAAAGAUUCGUUCGAGUUUAUCACAACUUUUUGAAACAAUUGCACAUUUUUUGCUCGUUCUUCUCAAAUUUCAACGUUUUUUGCAGAGUGUGCGGGCGAGAACCGUUGUCCAGGCGGUGCCAAAGGUCAGCCGGGUCAAAACGGAAUGGACGGAGUGCCCGGACAGCCGGGAACGCCCGGAGAGCCCGGAUCGCUCGGAAACACGCCUCCGGCGGACUACGAGCGCGAAAAAGCGUGCCGUCAAUGUCCGCCGGGCCAGCGGGGCCAGCCGGGCUACGGCGGACCGCCAGGACCACCGGGGCUGCCCGGUCAACCGGGACCGAGCGGAAACUCUGGUCGGCCAGGCAACAACGGGCCUAUGGGUCAACCAGGAGAGCCGGGAAGAGAGGGACAGCCCGGAAAGGCCGGAGGCGCCGGAAGCCCGGGAAGAGACGGAAUCCGCGGAUCGAAAGGAUCCACGGGCGACAAGGGACCGAAUGGACCACCCGGUCAGAACGGACCACCCGGAUGGGCAGGCAGGGACGGAAAUGUGGGACCGCAGGGCACUCCGGGACCACGUGGCGAGCCCGGCGGCCCCGGAACCGAUGGAUUCCCCGGAUUUGCAGGAAAUCCCGGACCCGAUGUGAGUAAAGAUGGAUUUUAUUGAAAUUUUUCAGAAUUUUUGUUCAGGGCGUCCCGGGAACCGAUUCCGGAUACUGCAAAUGUCCGUCGCGUGGCGCUGUGCAGAGAACAAAGGCCGCCUCGAACAGAAGAUAUCAUCAGUCAUGA